AUGACCAAGAAACGAAACGCUUAUGUAGAAAUUAAUAAAAAUUUCAAAGCAAUUGUACAGUUCAAAACAUUGUCAGUGGGUGAGCUAGAGAUUGCAGCGGAUGGAUUAAGAUCUUUAUUUCCAAACGAUCUAGACGACACCUUAAAUACUGAACUGUUACAUUUAAAGUCUCAUUUGGCUACCUUAGACCAAAAUGCAGUUCCACACACUCCAAUUGAUUUGUGUAAAUGGAUAAGAUUGAAUGACUUGCAGUGUGUAUAUCCAAAUGUAGACAUUGCACUUCGGAUGUCCACUUGUACUCCUGCUACAAACUGUUCGGCCGAGCGAUCUUUUUCUUGUUUAAAGCGCGUUAAAAACUAUUCGCGUUCGACAAUGUCCGAAGAAAGGUUAAAUUAUCUUGCAAUUCUAUGCAUCGAAAAAACAAUUUUGCAAGAUUUAGACAUUAAUUUCGUUAUUGAUGAAUUUACGCACAGGAAGGCACGUCGUAAAGUUUUGAAAUAA